AUGUCGUCCACCACGUUGUCCGCUGUUCCAACCGAGAGAAGUCUCGACUGGGUGCAGCGCCUCAUCGGAAUCGAUACGACGAGUGCCGUGAGCAAUCGACCGUUGAUCGAUCUCAUCGCCGCGGAACUACGUCGCCACGGGGUCGAGCCGAUACUCGUUUCCGACGACGAGGGUUCCAAGCUGAACCUGUUGGCAACAUUCACGCCUCCUGACGGAAGCACUGCCGCCACCCUUUCACUCCCGAAAUUCGCGACGGAAGUCUCGUACGGACGCGGCACGUGCGACAUGAAGUCGUUCAUCGGGAUCGUUGUCGCGGCGAUCCCCGACAUCGUUGCUCGGCCGCUGGCGAAGCCGAUUCACUUUGCAUUCUCCUACGACGAGGAAGUCGGCUGCAUCGGUGCGGCCGGGUUGGUCGAGGAGGUUGUUUCCCGGAACCUGCGCCCUGAUGUGUGCGUCGUCGGAGAGCCGUCGGAGAUGCGGGUCAUUCGCGCACACAAGUCGAUGAAUGUCAUACGUGUUGAUCUGCAUGGUGUUUCGGCGCACUCGUCGCUUACUCCGCAAGGAGUCAACGCGAUCGAAUACGGCGCGGAGUUGAUUCGAUUCGUCAGAAGCGCGGCCGACGAGCUCCGUGCGUCCGGCCCGUACGACGACGCAUUCGACGUGGGCCUGGACGACGUGAGCAUCAGCUCAGCUGGCGCCGCAGAUUUGCUCGAACGCUUUGCCGCCGAGGCGAAUCGGAUCGAAAACCUGAUGCAGGAAGAAGACCCGUCAGCCUCCGUGACGAUGCACGUGUCGGCCUCGGUUCCUCCCCUGGAGACGGAUGCGAAUGCUUCGGCGGCCGCACUGGUCGAACAAUGGGGUGGUCGGUCCUCGGACGAAAAGGUCGCGUACGCCACCGAGGCCGGGAUGUUCGCGAGUAUCGGUGUCCCCACUGUUGUGUGUGGGCCGGGAAGCAUCACUCAGGCGCAUGCACCUGACGAGUACGUGACACUUGACCAAUUGGCACAGUGCGAGCAGUUCUCACCCCGGAACGCCGGCCGCUGCUCGCAAGGCGGUGAUCAGCAGUUCGCUCGGUGCUGCGCGCUCGAAUGGUUCGACGUCAUCGUCUACGCAUCAUUUGCAGUGGUCAUCGCCCGCAACUUCUUUCCCGGCGGCGACAACACUCUCGGCUUGAUACUGACCUAUGCCGACCGUCGCGGGCGCAAGAACCGCCUUGACGUUGACGAUGAUGCUGAUGAUGAUCGGCACGCUCAUCAUGGCGUGGCGCCGACGACCUCGAUGAUCGGGCCGUGGGCCGGCGUCGUCAUCCUGGUUUCGCGACUCAUUCAAGGAUUCUCCGCAGGCGGUGAAUUCGGCACUGCUACAACCUUCCUCGUGGAAACUGCACCGCACAAGAAGGCGUUCUACUCUUCCUGGCAGGUUGCCAGCCAGGGUGCUUCGGUUUUCCUGGCAUCGUUCGCUUCUACUCGUGGGGCUGGCGCGUUCCGUUCCUUCUUCGGCAUCAUCGUCGGGCCGGUCGGUCUCUACAUCCGCGCCAAGCUCGAUGAAACGGACGAUUUCAAGACGAGCGUUCCGGAAAAAGCCCCACUGAAGACGACGCUGACCAGGCAUCUCGGCCGGGUGCUUACCGGCGCCGCAGUAGUCGGCGUCGCGACGAUCUCGAUCUACCUCAUCUUGUACAUGCCGACGUUUGCCGUGAAGAACCUCGGAGUAUCCGCCUCUGCCGGCUACCUCGGCGGAAUCGUCGCCGGACUGGUCACCUUGAUCACCGUGCCGUUGAUCGGUCAUCUUGCCGAUCGGGUCGGACCUGCGAGAGUUAUGACCUGGGCCGCCGUUGCGGCAAUCGUCCUGGCCUGGCCGCUCUUCAAACUGAUGGUCGAUCACCCCUCGACUCUGACGCUCGUCCUGGUUGUUUCGGCCCUGGGCGUCAUCAUGGCGUUUGCCUUCGGCCCCUUGCCUGCCUUGAUGAGUUCGCUGUUCCCGGCGGAGAUCCGGGCUACCGGGAUGUCUUUGUCGUACAACCUCGGCGUGACUUUGCUCGGCGGAAUCGCGCCGUUGGUCUUGACCUGGUUGAUCAGUACAACAGGCUCGCGCUCGACGCUCCGAGCUACUACUACA